UCGAUUUUUCUCCACCUAAUCCUUGUGACUGCACACGUGCAUAGAGUACUGUGCUCGUUGAAGUUUCCCUCUCAUUGCACUGGUCUGCAUGCCCUGCCGCAGACGUUUUUAGUGGAUCACAGUCGUCACAGCUACAGAACAGGGCUACUAUCUUGUGACCAUGGAUUUGAUCCGAUCUGUUUCUCUGGCCGUUGUGAUGGCGAUCUUUGCUGAACAAAUAGCAGCUGACCUGAAUGAUCGCCCUGUCAUAGGUGUCCUAUCUCAGCACGACUCGGAAAUUGAUCCCCAUACUAUGUACAUUGCUGCGUCUUACGUGAAGUUCGUGGAGUCGGCCGGCGCCCGCGUGGUGCCUGUCAUGACCAACUUGACUGGGGAUGAGUACACGACCUUGUUUGGCAAGCUCAACGGCCUCUUACUUCCAGGUGGCGGUGUUUCGGUUACCGGUACCACGUCUGGUUAUGCGCGGGCGGCUCAUGUAUUCUUUAAGCUUGCCGUGGAAGCGUUUGAUAAGGGCGAGGUGUUCGCUAUGUGGGGUACCUGCCUAGGUGUUCAGGCGUUGGCAGUCAUGGGUGCCAAAGAGGACGUGCUGGUCAGGAUAAACGGCACGGAGGACGUCAACCUUCCACUGAACUUCACAGUGCAUGCAGCCGACAGUCGCCUGUACGGCUCAAUGCCGCCAAGCCUGAUGGAAGCACUCAGCACCAAGCGACUGACCUACAAUCACCACCAGUUCGGAGCCACUGCACACACGUUUGCAACCAAUGCAAAUCUAGCAGCCAUGUACAAUGUUCUGUCCACCAACACUGGCUCGAACGGCCUGGAAUUCGUGUCGACCAUUGAAGGCAAGACGCUGCCGUUCUUUGGCACGCAGUGGCACAGUGAGAAGAAUGGAUUUGAGUGGAACACGGACGAGCACAUUUCACAUGAUCCGGACUCGGUGCGCGUCAUGCAUCACAUUGCAGAUGUCUUUGUUAGUGCAGCCCAGAAGAGCACCCAUCGGUUCUCAACAGACUCGGACCUAGUCUCACACUUGAUCUACAACUUUGCACCCAUAUACACGGGACGGCACGGAUCCCACUUUGAGCAAACCUACGCUUGGCCAAUCACCGGUGACAAGAUAGACAUUGACAAGUUUGUCCAGAAUCUCAACAAAAUCAAAUAUGAAUAGUGACGAACAGAAAGUAGCAUCUGCGCUCUACGUGUGCUAGGCUCGUAACUUUUCAGACACCGAAUCACAGCUAGCUGGACUCCCAUUACUGUAUAUGCGAACCACUUCAGCCAUUUUUAGUUUUUUUACUUCGAUAGUCUCUUGAAUUUAUCUCUCGAUUGCUGCUUCCCACCGCGGUCCGUUCCAUUGUAUUUCUGGCGAUCCAUUGCAAAAAUAUUUCCGUCAAUAUCUGUAGCUCCUUUAGGCGUUACGUGUGAACAAUAGGACGCUUGCCCAGCACUUAUGCCAAGUUAUGGGCACAGGUAGUCACAGGUAGCUUUCAUGACAUUGCACCACCGUAUUCUUUUACUUUUUACUUAACCAUAUUUCACCUUGGUCAUAAAUAUGCCCUGCUGGAACCGUUCA